AUGAAGCAUCUGAGUAAUGCUGGACCAUUGCAAGAAAUGUUUAAACUUUUUAGCAGUUGGAAAGAUACGUACGAGCAACUGAAUUUGCGCUUCUCAUGCGAACAACUAGCCAAACCACGUGAAUUAGCCGGUGGAAACAAUCUAACCAUUCAAGAUUCGCUUUCUGCCUACAUCAUUCUUACGCUGAACACUCAUUGUUAUCUAAAUGAUGAUCAGCGCCGUAUUUUACGCACAAACACACCUGUCAAUUUUCGCGGUGUCUCUCACUCGAUAGCUCCAGCUGGGCACGUUUCCAAUGCUGUAUUUAUGAUGCUGUCCGAUGAUUUUGAUGAUCCAUUAUCUCUGUCGAGCAUUGUCAGGACAAUUCGUCGCUCAAUUAUUCGAUCACGUGAUCCAAAAUUUCUGGAGCCCUGGCUGACCCCAGCUGAUGGAUUAUUGAGAAAAAUCGCGCGUGAAAAUCUACUGGCCAACUGGGGACAGUUUCCGAACGAAGUGAUAGUUAAUUCUAAUUUAAGGUACGAUUGGGCGGGUCUCGUAGAUUUGGGCUACACGGACAAAUGUCGCUUCUAUACAGUAUGGACGGAUCCAUUGUAUUUCCGUGUGUUUCAUCUAAAUCCAGUGCAAGACGGCACCGAAUGGCUCCCACGAGAUCGGAACGGAGCUGAAGUUGCUUUUCUACUUGAAAAUGACAUGAAAGAAAGAUUUGUAAGCGCAUGGCAGAAAGGUGUUGCCGCGAAUUUUACAAAAGUAAAACAAUGA